AUGGUUCAAUUCAAUUUAAUUUGCGUCUUACUACUUGCUAUCUUUAACGCUACUGCAUCCCUAACCAUCGAAAAUGAAUUUAUCCAAAUAGGAGGUGAAUUCAAAAAACCAGAGCUCGGUAUAAAUGGCAUCUUAUCCUUGAUUGACGUUAGUACUGUUGUUGUCCAGCAAUUCAACAACCUGAAUCAGACAUACUACCUUGGAGGAUACAACCCGGCAGAGGAUAGUAUUUUAAUCUACGAACUUAAAAAUGAUGGUCAAUUCUACUUGAAUGGUACGCUCCAUAAGAAUGACACUGAAUUAUACUUCAGGCGAGCUGUAAAUAAUGGAGUUAUCACUAUUGUGGAUAUUGAUUACAUUACUAUGAAUGUUAAGAAUGAAGGGGAAAUAUAUCUCAUCCUGAGUAUCCCUGGACUGCUGGAUACCGCUGAUUUAUAUCUUGCUAGUAAUAACCUCACAUGCGUUCACAACACUUCCGUAUCGAUCCUGGAUGAGAGUUCUGGAGAUGGAUGUAUUGUUCUUGAGGAUUCCGAUAUGCGCGCUGGAAAGCAGGUCAAUUCCUGGAUUUGCUUAGGUGGUCAAUCUGAGGUACGUCUUGAUUUCACUUCGAAUACAACCGCCACAGUAAUCAAAGUUGCCAAUUUUGGCGGGAAGAAUACUUUUAUGAUUAGCGGUAUUGCCAAUAAUGGCACUGUAGAUCCUUUUGAGUAUAGGGAAAAUCGUUAUUUGGACGUCAAGCCUGAAAAUGCCCAUGAUCCUAUGGUAUUCGACAUUGGACCUGGAUACGAUUCAAAAUCGUUCAAGUAUGAAGUAGGGCUGCAUGGCAAUGGUGUUCUUAGAGUUUCGUAUCCGUCAGCUAGUGAUUUGGGGAACAGCUGUCCUUGUUCGUGUUCCAGUAUCUCUCCAGUCAAGGUUCCAGGUGUGGUUCCAACUGUCAUUGCCACUACCUUGAAGAAUUCUGCUGCAACCGUGGUUACAAGCACAGCAGCAAUUGAUACUAGACCAACAACGAUCGGAGAUAUCGUAACUUCCGCAACGAAAACAACUUCGACUUCUAAAGAUGGUGUGGGCAAGAAUGCUGCUUCCUUGUUGACGACUAUUAUGCUUAUAUUGUCGUGCCUCUGUAUUAUUUAG